UACAUCAUAUUUAAUCAGAACUAAUUAACAUUUCUAGUAAAGUUUCAACUCCAUUGGGUAUUAUUUAAUGGUUCCGACCUGUCUCAGUAUAUAUUCCAAAUAAGAAAGGAGGAAUAUUGGCAUAAAAAAAAAACCCAUUAACAUUCUACAAGGUUCUUCACUGAAAUUAAGUAUCAAAUUUGAACGUACAGCUGUGUUCUAUUGGGAUCAAAACUAAAACACUAAAUGGGCAACAAUUAAUUUAAACACAAACCAGGCAGGCAUGUAUUAUGUAAAACAGGCACAGAAACAUAAACAAUGAUCUUAACUUUCUUGGAUCUUCUUAUCCAUUUAAAAAACCCUAUGUAGUAAGCAUCACAAGAUGUUCAUGCCAAUCCUCCCCCUCCCCCUCCCCAUUUGCAUUUAUAUGCAUCACAAAUUGGCAAUGCAAAUGAAGCAAAUGCUAGAUGGGAUCCUUCCUAUAUUUUCCUUACUCACUAUGUAUAUAUAGCUGCUACCUACACUAGUGACAUAUAUAGGCAGGGACCUAACUAUUUCAAUAUAUAUAUAUAUAUAUAUUAUUAGUUGUUAAUUAAUUGUGUGUAUAUUAUUAUUAUAUAUGUAUUAAUUAGCUGCAGCCUGUGAAUACUCACGAGCUAGCAAACCUGCAUGUUCCACUACAUAAACAUUGCAUUGGGUGCUCCAUUCCAUGCAUAUAUAUAUAUAUAUAUUGUUGAUGUAAUUUUUCAACAAAAAUAAAGUAAAAUUCAAAGAUAUAGAAAAUAUCCUUAAACUUGAUUAAUUAGUGCCUGAGAUUAGGAAUCUCUAAACACUGUAUGGUACAGAAAAUAAACUGGAAAAUAAAAGACUGAAAUUUAAAGUGGUGAUCCCCAAAUCUGACUUUGCUUUGUUGAAGUUGAUUGAAGAUGCCUUGCCAAAUGAUGAUCCAAAUCCUUAAAUAUUCUUUGAAGAAAACGUUCAGAACCGUCGCACUGUCUCACCAACCGUUCCCACCAGUUACAGAACUCAGAACUGCCUCUUUCAUUGACACAUAUCUUUAACCGCCUCGCCAACCGCAUAACCCAACGACCGACCAACCGACCAAUCUAGAUACAUAAUUGGUCGCCAGAUCAAAAGACUCACUGGUCGCCCCAUCAAACGACCACUAUUUGGUCUCUUCAAUCGUCUGACCUAUCAACAGACCUUUCUUCGCCCGACUUCCUUUUUCGACUGACCCCCAUAGCAGCCAACCUUUGUAUCAACCGACCCAUUUAUCCGACUGCGGAUAAUCCGACCUGCUUACCCGACCGCGGACCAUCUGACUUGCUUAUCUGAUUGAGAACCAACCAACUGAGAACCCACCGACUGACUCUGGAUACCUUAUUAUUAUUAUUAUUAUUAUUAUUAUUAUUAUUAUUAUUAUUUUUUGUGCGUAACAUAUAUAUAUAUAUAUACAUAUGGAAUUGGAUGCAAGUUGUGUGUGAUGGGUGCAAAUUGGUCAUUUAUGGCAGUCAAGAAAGCUAGCUAGCCUGUUGUAUGUGUUCAACAUGCAGAGACUUUAGACUACAAAUUAAAGGGCCCUUCUCAAUCUUGAUGUUGAUAUAUGUUCAAUAUAUAUCAUCAUUUAUAAAUAAAUGUCCUUGCUUCAUUAAUACGCUGCUGCUGGAGAAGAAUGCAACCCAUAGAUCCACUAUAUAUAUGUGUGUGUUCGACUGUCGAGACCACAGCACACCACAAGAAGCAUAUAUGGUGUAAUUGUUUAGUCCCAUACUAGUUUUAUUCAGAUAGAAGAAAACAGAUGAUGAUGAUGUUUGAGUUAGCAGUUGAAGAACAACCCCAAACCACCUGCACCAAUAAUGUCCUUCCAAUUAUGAGCGAUCAUGAUCAUCAAUUUCUACGAAAGGCAGUGUCGGACGUAAGCAAAGAAUUGGGAGCAGCAGGCAUCAAUUAUAAUGUCGUGGAUGAUGACGAGGAGAAAGAGACAAAUAAUAAUAUCUUCCAAGUAGCAGUAGCAGUAGCAGAGUGCGAGUGCUGCGGCCUCAAAGAAGAAUGCACCCACGAAUACAUUGCCCGGAUCCGGAGCUCCUUUUCGGGCAAAUGGGUCUGCGGGCUUUGCUCCGAGGCCGUCAAUGAAAGGCUGCGCCGCCACGUGUCAGGACCAGGACCAGCAUGCAUGGAAGAAGCUGUGAAGUUCGUCCGGGAGUUCAACACCACAAGUAGGAUUAACCCCAAGCUCUCAUUUGCAUGGGCCAUGAGGGGAAUCGCCAAGAAAAGCUUCGAUAACAGACGACUACACAAACACAAUCCCUCCUCCAAAACAUCAAUAAUCACCAGAACUUCCAGCUGCGUCCCCAGGAUUGAGAUGUAGUCUAUAUAUAUGCAUAUGCAUGUAUGUAUUGUGUAUUUGUUUGUGUAAGAACCGAUCAGGACAGGCUGCUGCCCGA